AUGGAGCCACCAGCACCCGGGGCCGUGUGGUGGCUGGUGCUGGGCCUGCUCUGCCUCCCGCUCGGGGAGGGGACGGUGAGGGUCCCCCUGAGGAAAGGCAGGUCCGUGAGGGAGUGGAUGAGAGAGAAUGGGGUGCCGGAGGGUUUCCUGAGGGAUCUCAAAGGGGACCCCGGUAGGAAAUACCUGCUCAGCAAUGCUGUAGCUUAUGAACCGCUAACGAACUACCUGGAUACCUUCUACUUCGGGGAGAUCAGCAUUGGGACCCCCCCGCAAAAUUUCCUGGUGCUUUUUGACACCGGCUCCGCCAACCUGUGGGUGCCUUCCACCUACUGCCAGACUCCAGCCUGCGCAAACCAUGCCAGCUUCAACGCCAGCCUGUCGUCCACCUUCUCGGGCAUUGGUGUGACCUACACCCUGAGCUACGGGUUCGGUGACCUCUCGGUGGCUUUGGGGUAUGACACCGUGACGAUCCAGAACAUCGUCAUCAGGAACCAGGAGUUUGGCCUGAGCCUGGAUGAGCCCAGCAGACCCUUUUACUACCUGGACUUCGAUGGGAUUUUGGGCAUGGCUUACCCGGGUGUUGGCAUCGACGGUUACAACACGCUGAUGCAGAACAUGCUGCAGCAGGGCCAGCUCGCCGAGCCCAUCUUCAGCUUCUACUACUCACGCAACCCGACCUAUAGUUACGGUGGGGAAGUCAUCCUCGGAGGGGUUGACCCCCAGCUGUACUCUGGGGAGGUUGUAUGGGCUCCUGUGCUCCAGGAAUUGUACUGGAAGAUCGGUAUCGAGGAGUUCUCCAUCGGGCUCUCAGCCACCGGCUGGGCCUUCCUGCAGGCGCUGGGUGCAGAGGAGAGCGACGACGGGUUUGUUGUCAGCUGCAGCAGCGUCCCGAGCAUGCCCACCCUCUACUUUGCCAUCGGCGGAGCCCAGUUGCCGCUGCCUCCCUCUGUCUAUGUCUUAAACAACAACGGCGUCUGCAGCAUUGGGGUCGAGAGCACCUAUGUACCCUCUGCCAGCGGCCAGCCGCUCUGGAUCCUCGGCAACCUCUUCCUCCGGCAGUAUUACUCCAUCUUCGACAUGGCCAACAACAGAGUUGGCUUUGCCCCGUCGGCCUAG